CCUCAGAGCUGCUCGUCUGCGUGCGUGAGUGGGAGGUGGCGGGCCUCUGACUCCGGCCUUCCCGGCGGACUGCUCCGGCGCUGCGUCUCCAGUCAUGAACCGGUUCGGUGCCCGGCUGGUGGGAGCCACAGCGACCGCGCCGCCGCCGCCGCCAGCCCGCAGCAAUGAAAACCUCGACAAAAUCGAUAUGUCUCUGGAUGAUAUUAUCAAACUGAAUCGAAAGGAAGGCAAGAAACAAAAUUUUCCAAGACUAAAUAGAAGGCUCCAGCAAAAUGGCACUCGACAAUUCAGGAUGAGAGUACGUUGGGGAAUCCAGCAGAAUUCUGGUUUUGGUAAAACUAGUGUGAGUCGUAGAGGGAGAGUGAUACCGGGAAAAAGACGUGCUUAUGGAGUUAUCACUGGCCUUGCAGCUAGGAAAGCAACUGGAAUUCGAAAAGGAAUUAGUCCUAUGAAUCGUCCACCUCUAAGUGAUAAGAAUAUAGAACGAUAUUUUCCAGCAUUAAAAAGGAAAACAAACCUUCUGAGACAAAAUGAAGUCCAAAGGAAACCAGUUGCAGUUCUCAAGAGACCUAACCAGUUAAACAGAAAGAAUAACAUUCCGGCUAAUUUUACCAGGAGUGGAAGUAAAUUAAGUCAUCAGAAAGAUACACGUCAGGCAACUUUUCUUUUCAGAAGAGGUCUGAAGGUUCAGGCCCAAUUGAACACAGAACAGCUCCUAGAUGAUGUGGUAGCAAAGAGAACUCGCCAAUGGCGUACUUCAACCACAAAUGGAGGAAUUUUGACUGUAUCCAUUGACAAUCCUGGAGCAGUGCAGUGCCCCGUAACUCAGAAACCACGAUUAACUCGUACUGCUGUACCCUCAUUCUUGACAAAACGAGAGCAGUCUGAUGUAAAGAAAGUUCCUAAAGGUGUCCCUCUACAGUUUGACAUAAAUAGUGUUGGAAAACAGACAGGGAUGACUUUGAAUGAACGAUUUGGGAUACUGAAGGAACAAAGAGCCUCUCUCACAUUCAACAAAGGAGGAAGCCGCUUUGUUACUGUGGGGUAGAUCCACGUUAAUAGAACUUUUAAGUGUUGACUAUUUGAAAAGUUGAAUUGCUUGAAGAGUUCAUCACAGAAGUUCAAGAAACUUUACUUCAAAAUAUUCACAAGACUAAAUAACUUUAUUUUUGAAGUUUUUUUUAAUGUAUAAAUAAUGCCCUGAAAGAAUAACAGGGAAUAUACCUAUAUAAAGAUUUCAUGGUUGACCCACGCAGAACAAUUCUCUUGUUCUUUGGUUCCUUGUGAAGCAGAAGGAAGACAGAAAAAUAGAAACUGAUUAUUUUUAUGAGAGUGGCAUUUAGGAUCUUGUCACCUUUGCCCAUUUUUUAGACUUUGCCAUGGUAAAAUUUAAACUUCAAAAAUAUGAGUAAACCCCUUUGUUGCUGUCUCUUAUCCACUAAUAAUGUUGAUGUAGUAAGUGCAGUUGCCUUUUUGUCAUUAGAGAUAUUUUUAAAACCUUAUGAGAAUUUCCAUUCUAGCCUUUAAGAUUUAUGGAAAUACCUAGAACUUGGUUCAUUUUUCACUUAUUAGUGUAAACCCCCAAAGCUCUAAAUAUUUAGUGCUGAACUUUGAAUAAGAAAUCUGGCUCUCAGGAUUAGUCAUAAUUUAAAUGUUUGAAGGCUGUAAAUGCAUAUUUACAAGGUUACCUGCUAGGGCUUUGGAGGAGAAUGCCCAAUAUAAAACCUGGUAGUUUGCAUUUAGUAGAUGAGGAAAACAAGAAAGGCAGUAGGAAAUUGAAGGACCGGAAACAUAAGUGAAAAAUUUGAAACCCAGGUCAUGAUACGCUCUUGGGAUUUAAUGUGGCCUGGAGAUUCUUCUACAGAUGAUAUUUAUAAGAAUUAAUAGUUUUUUAAAAUUAUUGAGUCCUUGGCUAUUUUGAUAGUAAACAUAAUGACCAUAAAGUCUUGCACUUCAUACUUAAAAUUUUUUUAAGUGUUUAAACUUGCUAAGUUAAACCAUUUACAACUCUUAAAACAUCUACUUGUAUAUGUCAUGAAGAAAAAAUUGGUUACAUUGUAACCUUGUGUACUUUCUGAUUCGGGUAUGAUACAAAGUCGAGACAUUUAUGGGGAAAAUCUUCUGGAGAGUUGGCUGUGCCAAGAUAGUGCUGAGUCUUCAGUUAGUUGAAUGCCGUAGAUUACAGUAAAAUGCCAAAAUACAGCAAAAUAUUCCAGCUACAAGUUAAGUCAUUUUGAAGCUUGACCUUUUGGUUUGUCAGGUUUGAAACCUCUUAAGUAGGUGUUAAAUGUAUCUGGCUUUUCUAUAGGACGAAACACUGUAAUUGCUGCCCACCUCCACUGUGUACUAGACUUCAUUGUCAUUCAUGCUCCUUGAGUUUCUUACUGGUUUAUGCAGCCAUGGAAAACUAUCAGUAACAGUUUCAUGCUUAUACCAAAGAUUUAAAUCUGAUCCUUAAUAUAUGACAUUUUACCAGUACUUCUACUUGAUAAGGGGUUUUUGGAAGCCAGUCACAGAAUUUGAAAAUAAACUAAUUUCUUCUCAGCUAUGAUGCUUUUCAUAGAGGCCAAGGACUUAAUAUAAAACAUUUUUGCCAAUUUAAAUAUAUUGGUUCAGGAACAAAACAUUUUAGACUGGUUUAGAAUUACUGGUAGCUUAUUUUAAAGCAAAGGAGAAACAAGCACGAAUUUGCUAUCUUUAGAACAGUUUGUGAAAGUAAUGGUAUAAAGAUCCUAUUUUCCUGUUGUUUUAAAUAUUAUACAGAGGUAUUAGUAAUUCCAUUUAUUGGAAAACUUUGAAAAUUGCCCCAAAUGUUGACAUUUAAGUACAUUGGAUGACACAUUGUCUUUGGUAUGUUAAAUGUUUGCUCUUCAUGCAUCUGUAAUUUAAUUUUCUUUCAAAGUAAAUUUUGCCUUUGAUACAACCAAA